AUGUGUUUCAAAGUUGUUUGUCAAACCUGCAAUAAAUAUACAUGGGCCGGAUGUGGAAGGCACGCAGACUCUGUUAUGAGCCAAAUACCUAAAGAAGACCAAUGCGUUUGUAAGAAGGAUACACCAAAAGUCGAUAAUAACUCUACUGAUAUUAAGGUUGUUGCUCUAGUUAUUGGAGUGUUCGUUACAACUUAUUGGUGGUUGUAUUGGUGA